CCGUCUCCGAAUGGAGAGUGCUCUCUCUUUUCCCCUCCUCAUCUUAUUGAAUCGCAGAGAGACCGCUGUGUCCCGCGGCCCUCAACACACACACACACACACACAAAACACACACACACAUAGGAACUCACAUAAGCACAAAACACAGAAUGCAUCGGCCACGGAGCCGUCGUGCCUCGCAGUACAGAAAGCGCUCUGGCUUCUAAGAAUUUUUCCGCUUUUUUUGCUUUUUUUUAAGAGAGAAACUGUGAAUGCGAGAAUCAUCGGAGACCUCCGGAUUCGCGAAAUGUUGCAAUGGAAGGCGCCGACUCUGACUCGCCGUGCCAAACAGGAGUAUGAAGCGCUUUGUGGCUCUGCGAGCACCGACACACAAACGCCGUUUGCUUCGGAUAUUCAGCGACGCUUGCGGGCCGAUCGACUAGUGCCGAGAGCGAGGACUGGACAACAUGGCCUCGGCUGGUAACGUCUCCUUCGAUCAGGAAAACGGGGAGCCCGAUCGGCCGAGGGUAACGCGGAGGACUAGACGGAACGGUCGCGCAGCCCCGCCGGACUUGGAGUACUUACAGCGGCCGAGCUACUGCGAUGCAGCGUUCGCGCUCGAGCAGAUAUCAGAGGGUAAGGCGACUGGAAGAAAAGCACCGCUGUGGCUGAGAGCAAAGUUUCAAAAACUUCUGUUCAGACUCGGCUGUUAUAUCCAAAAGAACUGUGGCAAGUUUUUAGUUGUGGGCCUUUUAAUAUUUGGAGCUUUCGCUGUUGGUUUGAGGGCAGCUAAUCUGGAGACCAACGUGGAGAACCUCUGGGUGGAAGUGGGUGGUAGGGUAAAUCAGGAGCUUAAAUACACACGGCAGAAGAUCGGUGAGGAGGCCAUGUUUAACCCUCAGCUAAUGAUCCAGACUCCACGGCAGCACGGUGCUAACAUUCUGACAGUGGAGGCGCUCAAGCAGCACUUGGACUCUGCCAUUAAAGCAAGCAGAGUGCAUGUUUACAUGUACAACAGGAAAUGGACAUUAGAACAUUUAUGCUACAAAUCAGGAGAAGUCGUCACAGAAAAUAAUUUAGUCUACCAGAUAAUUGAGAAUCUGCAUCCUUGUCUGAUCAUCACUCCUCUGGACUGCUUCUGGGAAGGUGCUAAACUACACUCAGGCGUUGCCUAUCUCCCUGGUAGACCUCCUCUGCAGUGGAUGAACUUUGACCCAAUGGCACUGCUUGCUGAUAUGCAGACCAUGACCAAAGUUGUGGGCAGUUGGCAAGAAAUACUGGCCAAGGCUGAGGUGGGUCAUGGCUACAUGGACCGUCCCUGCAUCAACCCUGCUGACCCAGACUGCCCGUUAUCAGCUCCCAAUAAGAACUCUACACGGCCAUUGGAUAUUGCCCGAGUGUUGACCGGUGGCUGUCAUGGAGUCUCUAAAAAGUAUAUGCACUGGCAGGAGGAGCUCAUCAUCGGAGGGACCACAAAAAACAAUAGUGGCAGCCUUCUCAGUGCCCAGGCUCUGCAGACCAUGUUCCAGCUUAUGACCCCUAAACAGAUGUAUGAGCACUUUAAGGGCUACGAUGCAGUCUCGCACCUGAACUGGAACGAGGAGAAAGCGGCUGCCAUCCUGGAAGCUUGGCAGAGGAAGUACUCUGAGGUGGUCCAGCAGAGUGUGUCCAUCAACUCCUCUCAGAAAGUACUGACAUUUACCACUACUACGCUAGAGGACAUCCUUAAAUCCUUCUCUAGUGUCAGCGGAAUCCGAAUUGCCAGUGGUUACCUGCUCAUGCUUGCCUAUGCGUGUCUGACCAUGUUGCGCUGGGACUGUGCCAAAUCCCAGGGAGCGGUGGGGCUGGCUGGAGUGCUCCUGGUCACUCUGUCCGUCGCUGCCGGACUUGGCCUCUGCUCUCUCAUUGGCAUCUCUUUCAACGCUGCUACCACUCAGGUGCUGCCAUUCCUUGCUCUUGGCGUGGGAGUGGAUGAUGUCUUUCUUCUUGCUCAUGCUUUCAGUGAAACCGGCCAGAACAGGAGAAUCCCCUUUGAGGACCGUACAGGCGAGUGUUUGAAGAGAACAGGGGCCAGCGUGGCUUUGACCUCCAUCAGUAACAUCACUGCUUUCUUCAUGGCCGCCCUCAUCCCUAUCCCAGCGCUACGGGCAUUCUCUCUACAGGCUGCUGUUGUGGUGGUGUUUAACUUCGCCAUGGUGCUGCUCAUCUUCCCCGCUAUACUCAGCAUGGACCUGUAUCGCAGAGAAGAUCGCCGCUUCGACAUCUUCUGCUGCUUCAUCAGUCCGUGCUCUAACCGUGUAAUCCAGCUGGAGCCUCAGGCGCUGGGCGAUGUAGGCCACUGCACGCCUCCCCCCUCCUACAGCAGCCACAGCUUCUCUCAGCACACGCACAUCACCAUGCAGUCGACGGUGCAGCUGCGCACCGAGUACGACCCGCGCACGCAAGCCUACUACACCACAGCCGAGCCACACUCCCGCAUCUCUGUGCAGCCCCUCCACCCCAACCACAACAACAACAACAACAACAACACCAGCUCCACACGAGACCUCCUGAACCAGUCCAGUGAGGUGGCAUCAGGGCACACAGAGCCAUCCUGUUCACGCUGGACCUUCGCGUCAUUCGCAGAGAAGCACUACGCACCCUUCUUGCUGCAGCCCACCACGAAGGUGGUGGUGAUCGUGCUCUUCCUGGCCCUGCUGGGUGUCAGUCUGUAUGGCACCACACGAGUGCGGGAUGGCCUGGAGUUGACAGACAUUGUGCCACGUGAGACGGCUGAGUACGACUUCCUGGGUGCACAGUUCCACUACUUCUCCUUCUACAGCAUGUAUGUGGUGACACAGCGGGCAGACUAUGCCCACGCCCAACCUCUGCUCUAUGAGCUUCACCAGCGCUUCGGCACGGUCGAAUAUGUGCUCCGUGACGAACAAGGCCACCUGCCUCUCAUGUGGCUCCACUACUUCCGUGACUGGUUACAAGGUCUGCAGGACGCCUUUGAUAAGGACUAUGAGGCAGGCAAGAUCACCCAGAAGGACUACGAGAACGGCUCAGAUGACGGCGUACUGGCUUACAAGCUCCUGGUGCAGACAGGAUGCAGAGAGAAGCCGAUCAACCUCAACCUGCUCACCAGACACCGGCUGGUGGAUGCAGAUGGGAUUAUCAACCCCAAAGCUUUCUACAUCUACCUGACUGCAUGGGUCAGUAAUGACCCAGUGGCCUAUGCAGCUUCUCAGGCUAACAUCCGCCCUCAUCCUCCAGACUGGGUCCAUGACCGCACCGACUCAAUCUCCAUCAGCAGGCUCACUAUUCCUGCCGCGGAGCCCAUUGAAUACGCACAGUUUCCCUUCUACCUCAACGGGUUGCGCGAGACACCCCAGUUUGUGGAGGCCAUUGAGAGUGUGCGCGCCAUUUGCAACAACUACAGCCGCCUGGGUGUGCCCAGCUACCCAAACGGCUACCCAUUCCUCUUCUGGGAGCAGUAUGUCGGCCUGCGCCACUGGCUGCUGCUCUUCAUUAGCGUGGUGCUCGCUUGCACCUUUCUCGUGUGUGCUGUCUUCUUGCUCAAUCCAUGGACCGCUGGCAUUAUUGUGUUAGUGUUGUCGCUGAUGACGGUGGAGCUGUUCGGCAUGAUGGGGCUGAUUGGCAUCAAGCUUAGCGCUGUACCCGUGGUCAUCCUGAUUGCUUCUGUGGGCAUUGGUGUGGAAUUUACCGUCCACGUGGCCCUGGCCUUCCUCACUGCCAUAGGGGACAGAAAUAAGCGGGCGGUGCUGGCCCUGGAGCACAUGUUUGCCCCUGUUCUGGACGGAGCCUUCUCUACCCUGCUUGGAGUGCUCAUGCUGGCAGGAUCCGAGUUCGACUUCAUAGUCAAAUAUUUCUUUGCUGUAUUGGCCAUCCUGACCGUGUUGGGGGUCCUGAAUGGCCUGGUGCUGCUCCCGGUGUUAUUGUCCUACUUCGGCCCUUAUCCUGAGGUGUCUCCAGUGGACGGACGUAGCCGAUUGCCCACUCCAACUCCAGAGCGUUUUCCUCCAGUGGUGCACUUCACCAUGCAGCCCAACCACACUACCACCUCAACCACUGGAACUGGCUCAGACUCGUCCGACUCAGAGUACAGCUCCAACUCCUCGGCCUCAGGCAUCAGCCAUGAGCUCAAGCACUACGACCUCCAGGCCAGCAGGGGGCGAGCCGCUCGACCUGAAUUUGAUGACGUGCGGAUUAAUGCUGGGCCACAACCAAGUGUUUAUCAUGCAGAACCACACAUUUUACCUUCUUACUCGGCUGGGAGAACUGACUCCAAGCAGCAGCCACAUUACCGCUCCACUCACCCUCCUCACACUCAGGACGCAGGACCUCCGCUUUCUCGUCGACACAUUGGUCGGGAACCCAAGCGGGACUCAGGGCCCAGACAGGCUCCACCCCCUCAGAGGCGGCGCACGGACGCAUUUGAAAGUGCCGGGCCGCAUGGGUCCAGAGAACAUUCAGCGUCCCGCCAGCCUCACUCCCAUAACACUUACUCUCACUCCAUGCACCCUGGCUCAGGCCCUGCCUUCUGCCAGCCCAUCACUACUGUGACUGCAUCAGCCUCAGUUACAGUGGCUGUGCAUCCGGGCGUGCCUGGCCAAAGUGCUCCAUACCCCUGCUACCCUUCCAGUGACAGCUACCGCACUUCAGAGGGAGCCUAUUCUCAUGACACGCACUUCCCCGACCCACAUGUACCUUUCACAGAGCAGCGCUAUAGUGCAGACUCCACAAUGGAGGGCCUGGAGCUGCAGGAUUUAGAGUUCACUUCUCACACUGAGCACCACACGAGUGCCUCCAGCUGAGUGGCUGAAUGUUGAAGCACAAAUGGCCAAAGAUGGGACGUCUGCUUUCUCAAGUGGAGGAGACAUGGUGCUGCAGAGCGAGGGCACUUGGCGGUGCUUCACUCUGUUACUGUAUAACUCUAAUGUAUGUCUACCUUAGAUAUUUCUAUAAAUAUUUAAAAAUGUGUACACAAGUGUAAAUACAGGCAAGAGUAGGUAUAAUUGGACCUGGCUCAGUGUUGUCAGACUGGGCGGUGUGUGUGUGCGUGCAUGUGUGUAUGUGUGUGUGCGCAAGUUGUGAUUACUGUCACUCCCUUCAUGUGUGUGUCUGUGCCAUGAGGAAGCUUCAUCUUACACACUUUUCAGCAUCCAGAUGUUGCUGCUUGAGAUGUUGUUGUAAUGUACCUGUAUAAUUCUAUGCAAUGAUUUUCUUUGAUGUAGUAGUGUGUAAGAGUGAGCCUGUGUGUGUGUGUGUGUAUAUGUAUAUACAUAUAUGUAUGUAUUAUGUAUGAGAGUAUGUAUUUUGUAUGUGGCCAAGUGUGUAUGUGCACCCUAGACAAACAUUUUGAUUCAUUUCAGGGCCUACAAACUGCAUCCUCUCAGCCAGUUAAUCAAAAAUAGUGAUAUUCUCAUUUGGAUUUUGCAUGUUUCUGAAACGCCUGUCCGAAAGUACCCAUGCAUUUCUACAGGGAUUUUUUUUAAACAAUAUUUUUAUUAUUUUUUUUUUUUGCAAAGUAUAUAUUAGUUAAUAUAUUAACUGUAAUAACUGUGUAGUCUUUUUAUGGACAUAUUAUCAGACCUCAUAACACGAAGUCAGGUCCUUUAAUGCAUCACUGUGUGGGAACUGCAAACAGACAAGCACCAUAUGUUUGUGUGGGCGUGCACGUGCAUGAUGGUGUGUUUUGUGUGAAUUGAAGUAGAAUGUAUGCUUUAUACAAAUCUUAAUUUGCUUAUCACAAACCUGUGGUAGUUGGGAAAAAAAAAACAAUUGCUGUUUAUCGGUGAAGCACGCCAUGCGUGGGAAUUUAGAAAUGAAGAAAGUGUAGAGAGCAUUUGCAUGCGGCUCUGCUGUGCUCUGCGUCGGAAUUUUCCUCUGUACUUCUGGCUCGUUUUGAGUUGGUUGACUGUAAAAAUGGCCAUUUAGUGUGAAGCCUUGCUUGCGCUCGAGGCUCAGAACUGAAUUACUGUCGAAACAAUAAUAGAGUUGCAUAGCAGUAUGGGUGCAGUUUUCUACUGACUGGCAGUGGUACUGUACACUCUGUAGCAUUCUUCUCUCCUCUCUUCCUUUUACAAUAGAAUGGCAUUAUAUAUUUUUUCUUUUUCAUUUUUAUCCUCAAGCUAAUGAUGCUUUAUUACACUAAUACAGCUAAACCUCACAUGGUGUAACCAACUGUAGCCUCUUUGACAGCACAGUGAUGUUCACUCACAUUAUACGUUUUGAUAAGCUAUGUCGAUGAGCAGCAUGUGGGGUUUGACCACUAAAUGGCCGAACUUGACAAGCUUUUUCUGUCAUUUGUAAGGUCCGUCCACCUUCCCUGGCCCCAAUUUAGCACGAGCGGCUCUCUCCUCUGACCUCAGCUCAUAAAACUCUACAACACGCUGCCAUGACACUAAUUGGAAGUUCCUCCCUUGACCGCCAAAUGGCGCAUAUGAGUGCUUCUAGGGUCAAGGGUCACGGAGCCCCCAAUUCACUCUGGGUCUGGUGUGUGUUAUGAGUAGACUGUGUGUGUAUGUGUGUGUGUAUGGUUUACUUUUGGACAACCCACCCCCCCUCUCCUGUAUGACUUCCUGUUAGACACUAGUACGUCACUCUCCACUUUCUUUGUUCUUCCUUAUUUUUCCUGUUUGGCGAAGGUUCUGGCCUUCAGUCCACUGCUUGUGUGCGCUUUGUGUUUUCCGUUCUCCUAAAAUGUCACAUUGGCAGAAACAGGAGAGAAUCGUGGCUGGCAACUAUUGUUAUUCAGUUUUUAUAUUCUGUUGUUGUUGUUUUUUUGUUUUUUUUUUUGUUUUUUUUUUAUACAUUUGUUUUUUGCAAUAUUUAUAUUUUUGUAUUAUAAGAUAUUGUGUUUAAUAAUGGUCGUAAUGCCAGUUGUUAACAAUGCAGGGAUUUUUAUGUCUGUCUAAAAACACUAUUACAGUUUUUUUGUGUUUUUUCAUUAAUGGAUUUUGAUGUGUAUAAAGUGCUUACUAAUGUUAAAUAGGAAAAAGAGUAUAUAACAUUUACAGUACAGAUUCUUCACAGCUCUUAGAGUUUUAAAAGGAAAAUGAUCAAUGGGGUUUUUAAAUUUUUUUUUUUUUUUUAAACAGACUGCCAUUUUUUCCUCGGCCGGUGUGGAUGUAUGUCAUUUUCAGUUACAAAGAUAAAUGUAUGCCAUAUAAUUUAUUUAUAUGAAAAUUUAUUUUUGUAGUGUACAUAGUAGUUGUCAAGGUAUUUGACAGAAGUAUAUUUUUAAAGAGUUUAUAUGUAAUGCUACCAUUGUUUUUUUGUUUUUUUUUUUUGUGAGAACAUAACAGAGACAUUAAGUCAUUAAGGUGCACACUUUCAUUGCUAACUUGUUCUCAGACAGCUAAAGUGCCCUUUUACAGUGUUACCAUAGAACAGAGUGAGUGAACUCUGAUAAAACUGUGCUCGGGUUUUGUGAAAAGCUAGCCAUGAAAGUAGAAUAAAAAAUGUACUAGCUCUCUAAAUAAUAAUGUUCAAACACUGAUAGAAUUCUAACAAAUAAAAAUAUUAUAACUUA